GAUUUUGACGGGAUUUAGAAGCUUUGGUUGUCAUAUUAUCGUUUAGGUUUAGUUGUAGCCACUUAAAUCACUGCAAGACUGACUUUACAGCGUGUCGAGUGUUGAAAUCAAGUUCAUAGUUCAUGUCUGCUGAUAUAUCGUCGUGUUUUAAAAAGGAAUAGCGCUGCAUCGUCACCUCUAACCCUACUUGUUGCUCCUUGAUGGGACUAAUGUUAGCGUGUAGCUAACAUUAGCUACUAAACAUAAACAGGAAGUAACGGCGGACUAGCUAAACUCAAAUGUCUUGCACUUUGAGUUCCCAAGGCAUGAACUGCACCGUAGAAAAGGUCCUGGCAGAUGCCAAAUCAUUGGUGGAGAGGCUUCGUAACCAUGACAACGCGGCUGAGAUGUUAAUCGAACAGACGACCUCGCUUAACAAGCGUGUGGAGGCCAUGCAACAGUACCAGGAGGAGAUUGACUCGUUGAACCAGGUAGCGAGACAUCGUCCUCGUUCUAGUCUGGUCCUAGGAAUCCAACAGGAAAACCGUCAGAUCAGAGAGCUGCAGCAGGAAAACAAAGAGCUACGGACGUCGUUGGAUGAACACCAGUCUGCGUUAGAGCUCAUCAUGACCAAAUACCGGGAGCAGAUGUUCAGGCUCCUCAUAGCCAGCAAGAGAGACGACCCCGCCAUCGUGACACAGCUGAAGGAGCAGCACACCACGGAAAUGCAAGCACACAUAGACAAGAUCAAUGAGAUGGCCUCUGUGAUGAGGAAGGCGAUAGAGGUGGACGAGGGACGAAUAUGUGAAGACGAGGAGAGGAUUAAACAGCUAGAGCUGGAGAACAGCGGCCUCCGAGAGCUGCUCGGAAUCAGUCGCGAGGCUUUCCUGGUUCUGAAGAGAGAAGACACAUCAGAGAGCACGUCGCUGUCGCCGCUGCUGACCAGCGCCGACGUCAGCUUACGAAAGAAUUAAGAGAGCCCACGAGGGACCGUCCCCCACUGCUGUUGCUGCCACUAUUGUGUACAGUGUCUUGCCACAUACCACUUCAUCUUUCGCCUGUAUACUCUCCCUUCUCCUGGAGCAUUUACAGCACGAUUCUGCGGAGCUGCAUCCUCGUCUGGUGAUUCAGACUCAAGCAGUGUGAAAGAUGUGUCUCAUCUUUUUUGUUUGUUCGUACUUCUGUUAUGUUCAAUUGGUUUGCCAGCAUGCAUGACUCUUUGGUGACUGCAAGGUUUUAAUGUAUGAAUGGGUAAGAGAAGGGCUUGAGUUGAAAUAAAUCAAUAAACAUGUAAAUUGUC